UAGAUAAUCCUCCUUUGGACUCGAGGGCAUAAAAUGCUCCCUUACCUUGAUUGGAAAAUAUAUAACCCCUAUCAGUGGAGAAGAAGCAUCUAAAAGGAUUCAGCCGAAGAGUUAUUGGACGCCAACUACAUAUAAGAUUCUUUCAUCUGAGGAACACAGUUUUAAUAGGUCUACAAUGCCCACCUUGGAGAUGUCAUCCAUGGAAAGCCUGAGCCAUAUCACAGCAACGGAAGCUCUCAUUGCCACGGCUGUUUUCUGUUUACUCUUUAUGAUUGUCAAGUCCUUCCGGAACCGGGUUCCUUAUGGCCUGAAGAAAAUCCCGGGGCCGAUGGGGUACCCACUCAUUGGCAACAUGUUGGAGUUGGGGAAAAACCCCCACCUGAGCCUGACACGGAUGAGCCAGAAAUACGGAGACGUGAUGAUGAUCCAUAUUGGCAGCACACCCGUGUUGGUGCUGAGUGGGCUGGAAACCAUACGGAAAGCCUUGGUGAGGCAAGGAGCUGAGUUCUUGGGACGGCCGGACCUCUACAGCUUCCGUUACGUGGCCGACGGGGAAAGCCUGGCUUUUGGCCACGAUUCGGGAGAAGUCUGGCGCACCCGGCGGAAACUGGCCCAGAAUGCCUUAAAAUCCUUUGCUGCUUCGCCCAGCCCCGUCUCACCUUCCAUAUAUCUCCUAGAAGAGCAUCUCUCCAAAGAGGUUGACUACUUGAUCCAGAAGUUGCAAGAGGUGAUGCGGGAGAAGAAGUCCCUGGACCCUUACCGAUACAUCGUGGUCUCCGUGGCCAACGUCAUUUGCGCCAUGUGUUUUGGCAAACGUUACAGCCACGACAACCAGGAAUUCCUCAGCAUCAUUGACGAGAGUGAAAAGUUUGUGGAAGUGGCUGCCUCGGGGAACCUUGCGGAUUUCAUCCCGCUGCUUCAAUAUCUCCCGAUGAGGAGCAUGAAGAUGUUCAAGCAAUUCAACGAGAAGUUCACUGUUUUCUUACUCAAUAUGGUCAAGGAACACUAUGACAGUUUCAGUAAGGAUAGUAUCCGGGACAUCACCGAUUCUCUCAUUGAGCAAAGCCAGGAAAAGUUUCAGAUCUCCUCUAAAAAAAUAGUCAACCUUGUCAAUGACAUCUUUGGAGCUGGUUUCGACACAGUGACCACAACUUUGUCCUGGUCACUCAUGUACCUUGUCACUCACCCUGAAAUUCAGAAGAAGAUCCAUGAAGAAAUAGAUGAAGUCAUUGGCAGAGAACGAAAACCUCGGCUGUCGGACCGACUUCUGAUGCCUUAUACAGAGGCCUUCACCAUGGAAGUGUUCAGGCAUUCCUCUCUUCUCCCUUUCACAAUUCCCCAUUGCACAGUCAAAGAAACCUCUCUCAAUGGCUACUACAUCCCAAAGGACCUCUGUGUCUUUGUCAACCAGUGGCAAGUCAACCACGAUGAGAAGCUUUGGAAAGACCCCUCUUCCUUCAACCCGGAGCGCUUCCUUUCCGCCGACGGCAAAGACGUCAACAAGGACGAGAGCGAGAAAGUGCUGACCUUUGGUCUGGGGAAGAGACGAUGCAUCGGGGAGCAGAUCGCCCGAUGGGAGGUCUUCCUCUUCUUGACCUUUUUGCUCCAAGAGUUGGAAUUCAGCGUCAAGGAAGGCGUGGAAGUGGACAUGACUCCCCGCUACGGCCUCUCCAUGAAGCACAAGCGGUGCCCGCAUUUCCUAGUCAAGCCACGGCCCCCAAAGAACGCCAGCUAGUGAACGACGAGUCAAUAAAAUCCAUUGAAAUUUC